GCCCAGAAAUCGUUUGUCGGUUACUGUGUCAACUCGGGUGAGAUAACAGUAAACAAGAUAACAGUUAUUAUAAACGUGCCGUCGAUUAGACGAGACUAGUGAAGUAGCAAGGCGAUGAAGGUUACACCGAAAAGAAGAUCCUGGAUUUGACAACUGACUGAGAGCAGCCAUUAAAAUCUGUAAAUAUGAAACGUAUCGAUCAUGAUCCGUCCGUGGCUGGGCUUGUCUCUGUACCCGCCUCUGCCUCAAGUUAAACGGCUGGAAAAAAUGAAUGCCGUCGUAGUCCCUGGAGUAGGGCUUUCUCCAAGACCUUGAUAUGAAAUAUCAGAUGCUGCGCUGGCUCUGCCUGCUCAGCCUGAGCCUUCUUCUAUUGUUCUGGUUAGGAUGUGUGAUCAUACGGGACGAUCCGUCUCCCGCCGUGCAAAGCAAUGGGCUCAGGGGCUACAUGAGGAUCACCCCCGGCAGGACGGAGCAGUUCCUGCACAUGCACUGCAACCAGUGUGCCUUGGUCUCCAGCUCAGGUCAGAUGCUCGGAGCAGGCGUCGGAGAAGAGAUAGACAAAAUCGGAUGUGUGAUCCGGAUGAACAACGCACCCACACAGGGGUAUGAGAAGGACGUAGGGAGCCGCACCAGUGUUCGGGUUGUGUCUCACACCAGUGUUCCCCUGUUGGUGAAAAACGAGCGCUACUAUUUCAACCAAUCAGCGGGCACCACAUAUGUGAUCUGGGGUCCUGAGAGGAACAUGAGGCAAGACGGGAAAGGACGUACCUUCAAUGCUCUCCUGAAAGUAGCAGAGAAGUAUCCAAACGUCAGAAUCUACGCUGUGACCAGGGAGAAGGUUCAGUACUGUGAUGGUGUGUUUCAGAAUGAAACUGGAAAGAACAGAAUGAAGACGGGGGCAUUUCUCAGUACGGGAUUCUUCACAAUGAUUCUGGCGAUAGAAAUGUGUGACAGCAUCCAUGUUUACGGAAUGAUUGAUGAUAGCUACUGCAGUCGAGCCAAUCACAGUGUUGUUCCUUACCAUUACUAUGAGAGGAACCGAAUCGAUGAGUGCAAGAUGUACAGGGUCCACGAGCGCACACAACGUGGGGGUCAUCGCUUCAUCACUGAGAAAGCCAUCUACGCCAAGUGGGCAACACGGCACAAGAUGGAGUUCAAACACCCCUCUUGGGUCCUCUAAAGAAAGAGACAUUAAACCCAGAAGAUGUUCGCUGGGCGCACACUGGGAUUCACUAUUGCUGGUUUUUGGUCUAUUUUGCUGAAGACUUUAGUGUUGCCUUACAUGGUAUUGUUACUGCUGGACUCCAGUUUUCAUUUGGAAUUUUACUUUUUUACCUACUCAGCAGUUUUUUCAAGUAGAAAAGACAUCUGAUACUGGCUCAUUAGUGGUUAAAUAAUCUGCAGCCAUAUAUAUAAACAAAUGCUUGAGACAUCCACAUUUACCAGCAGUUAACUGGUGACAGAUGGUGAAGUACCACUCUCAGUAUUACUGAACAUUUGCAUUAUGUACAGCCAUAUACAGUAUCAGUAUAGCAUUAAGCCACUAAGCUAGACACUGAAACCAGUUUAUACCAAAGCUUCUGGUUUUUAAUUUCUUCAUACCUGUGCCUUGACUUUUGGUUUUAUUCUGCAGUGUUUUAUUUUAUGCUGCAAUCAUGCGUGCAGCUACAAAAUGCACCUUUACUCUAUGACACAGGAGUGUAUUGUUUAAGGCUCCAGCUAAUGAUUAUAAUCGAUCAAUCAUUUGGUCUACAAACUGUCAGAAACUAUUUUAAAAACGUCCAUGACAGUUUCCUAGAACUCAAGCUCAUGUAUUUAAAUUAUUUGUUUUAUUCAAUCAUUGGUCAAAAACCGAAAGUUUUUCAAUUUGCAAUCAUAGGAGAGGAAGACAACCAGCAAAUAAUCACAUUUGAGAUUUUUUGGGGGGCAUUUUUGAAUAACUUAAAUUAUUAAUCAACAACCAAAACAAGUUGCUGCUACAUUUUGUGUCAGUCAACUAAUUGAUUAACUGAUUAAUUGUUUCAGUUUAUGCUGACAACUUGCUCUGACUGCAACCAGUUACAGUGUUAUAAUGCUUGAAGUAGUAGUAGUAUUAGUAGUAGUAGAAGUAAGCUUUAAACCUUUGAAACCUGGAGCGACGUCACUUUUCUUGUGCUGCUUGUAGACGCCUUUCACAAGUAUUUAAAUCUUGGAACUCUGAGCAAGUUGGUGCAAUUUCUUACAAAGACAUCGGGGGAAAAAGGCAAUGAGCAACUUGGUAAGGAAUGUCCCACAAAUUGCAGAAACUUUACAGGUUUAGAAAAUUAUUUGAAGAAACAGGGAAAAAAGAAAAAGCUAGGGAAAAUUAUAUUUAUUAUUUUUAAGCACCUUUUUCUAAGUCAAUUCCUUCCUUUGUUUGUUUUAACUUUAUUUUUUAAGCUAAUUUUCUUGUUUUUAAUUUUCUCUUGUAGCUAAUUUCUUGCAUAUUUUCGGUCUUCAUGUUUUUGAAAGAAAUCAAGCCAGUUUGCUCAGGUUUUAAAUGGUUAAUGUAAACAGUGUCCAGAUAUUACCAUUGGGAGCUGAGUGCCAUUUAACCCAAACAGAGAUCAUGCAGUUUGCAUUUGUGCCUCGUGUGGUUUAACAUGUGCUGAGGGAGCACAGUGACAUAAACAAAUGUGACCGCGUGUUUACAAAUCACAGGAAGGACAGUAUUAAAAUGUAACUGCAGAAGAGUCUACAGUCCACAGACCACAGUCCACUCAUCAACAGCACACAGCUUUAAUGCUGAACAGUGGCCAACAAACACAGUAUUAAAUACAAAGAGCAUGAUAAGAAGAUGCAAACAGAGCCUGCAGAUCUUUGUGGUCAGUGUGUAUUAUCUAUACACAUUUCUAUAGUGCUGAUGGAACAAACAGCAGCUGCACUGUUGGCAGUCCUACCACUGUGUGGCAUCCUAAUCCUCUGACAGAAGGAGUUUGGUGUCAUGUUUUGACUUUGAAUGUAAUUGGUCCGAUACCAUAAACACAAAGUGAGUUACUUGUUUUUAGACAUCUACUUUUGAAUUAUUUACCCUUUAUGUUCUGCUGCUUGUUUACAGUGAGAAACAUAGUGCUGCCUUUCCAGUCGCAUAAUGCUUCUUUUGUGACUAAUUCCAAAGACUAUAGUAUUUGCACUACGGAGCAAACUGCUGUGUCAAAGUAUUUACUGUAAUUUUACAUUUCAAACAGGAAUUGUUUGAAUUAAAACGUAUUAUUGAAGACUUUGGUAA